AUGGAUGAGGAAGAAGGGCUGACGGCCGUGGACAAUAUAGUCACUCAGUACAACACCUAUGAAGAUUUCCUCGACUCGCAGAUCACCACUGUGGACUUGUAUUACCUGGAGGAUGAAAGCCUGGCCCGUCAAUUGGUGGAACUAGGCUACCGAGGGACUGGAGAGGUGGUGAAAAGGGAAGAUUUUGAAGCAAGAAAGUCAGCUAUAGAGGUUGCAAGGCAGGCUGAAAGAACUCAGAAAAA